UAAACAUAGCACGAUUUUCGAUUUUGCUAUGAAAAAGACUACGUCGGAUUGGAAUACUCUAUUAUAGCAUUUUAUAAAUGCUAUGCCGAAAUUUAACUAAGCGGGAACUAUUAGAGCCAAUUUUUUCAUCGAUCCUAACACUUAAGAAAAACAGACGGUGACUUUUCCUUUUCAAUUGGAUAGAGAGAGAGAAAAAAAAAACAAAACUUUGAACAAAAAAAAAAAACUCUCUCACUCUCACCAUCUUCGAUCCUCUUCUCCUCCAAUCUUCUUCUCCAUUAUGUUCUUUCAUUCGAUCUCCCUUGCCUCUCUCUCUCUCUCUCUCUCUGCAACUUUUCUCAUCUCUUUAGAUUUCUCCGACAUAUCAUCCCUCUCUCUGCAAAGACGACGACCACUGCCUCAUCCUUCGCCGGCGAUAAUCUCGAUCUCCGACGGCCUCUACCUUUCCGUCGAUAGUUUUAAGCUUCGGCAGCUGAAUUUUUAUCUAUGUCGUUCAAAUUAGGAUUCAAUCUUCAGUUUAAGGUACGAAAUCACCAAUAUAUACCUUGAUUAGGUUUUCCUUUACCGUUAGUUGUCCUUAUUUGGUCUUAUCGAAAUUGAAACUGGUUUCAAACAAGGGAUAACGAUAAUUUUGAUAUUUGACGGAUUCAAAUUAGGGUUCACUUUUCAACAAAACGAAAUUUCAUAUACAAAUUAGUGUUGUGCUUUGUGUUUUUUGUUUCUCAGAUCUUCCAAAGAUAAAACUCAGGUGUUGGUGCUAAAUUCAGGAGCUUGAAGAAGAAGUUAAGCUUCUCAAAAAUCUCUCCCAUCCAAAUAUAGUUGUAAGUAAUAGUUUCGGCUCUGAUUAUACUAUUGUCGAAUCUGAGUUUUGGAAAGAUUGAAUUCACAAAACUAUUGUGCGUCUCUACCUGAUUCCUUAGAAUGGUUUUUGUUGUGUAAACUGAUGAUGAUUUCAUGCCCUCCAGGUGUUCGACGAAUUGCCUCAUUAUUGGUUUGCUUGUUUCUUGACAUUGUUUGGCGUUAUGUACAGCUUAUUACAUUUAGUUCAUUAUUGAACUUAGUUAUGGAUCAUUAUUGAAUCUGGUGUGACUAAUUUGAUUGUUGUUUUCUUUCGUGUGUUUUAUAUUGUGAAGUUACGAAUGUAAAAUCUGUCUAAAGGUGCAUAACAACGAAAGAGACUACUUGUCGCAUCUUCACGGUAAGAGGCAUCACACCAAUUUGUAUGAUAUAGUCAACUUAGCAUAUCAAUUGAAUAUUAUGGAUAUUUGCUUUUUUCAUAUUCAGCUCAUUUUCAAGAGAAAAAAUUCAGAGAUGAAAUGAAAACAGAGGUAAGCAAAUGUUUUAUUACUUGGUGUCCUUAUGUAGCUUUUAAAUUUGGGUACUUUUGUGCAGAACACUUCAGAUAAUGAUCUUUAUGAUUCAGAAUUUUCUGGUAAGUACUCUUUUCUCUUAUGCUCUUGCUAAAUCUGUACAUGUUAAUCAUUUGUAUCAAACCUAAUAUGUUUUGUUUCAAUUGAUUAUCAGAACCUCCUCAUUUAAGUAAAUGGUUUCCGGACUAUGUAUAUGAAUCACCGAUGUUGGAUACAUGUUAUGGUUUUGAAUUCUCUGACCUUAAAGAAAGUGAAAGUAUAAAGGAUUUGGUAAUUAAGAAAGAGACACCAACAAAAAUCGAUGACUUAGUCUCUUCUAAGAUUGAUGAUAUGACUGACUCGCAAGCUGCAUAUUCAGAGUUGGUAGUUGAGGAUAGUGUCAUAGACGAUGCCGUAAUAGACAAAAACCGUAGAAGUCUUUUUCGAAGAGUGGCUAAGCGAAAACCUACAAUACCAACCGUUGAAGAAGAGUUAACUUACUUGAAGAACCGAGUCAGUGAUCUAGAAGACAAAGUAAGCUAUUUGUAUGAUGUUAUUAGUCGUCUUAUUAUCUCUAAUGGCAACAAUGGUAAUUAGACGUAAGGAUAUUAGUUUAGGUAUUGGAUUCAUAUUUGAUUUAUGUAUGAAUUGAUGUUUGGUUUAUGAUAUGAUGUAUAUGUAUG